CGGAUCGAGCAGACUACAAUAUUCUAGCUGGUAUAGCUGUGAGAGCGUACUUAGCUAGAAUACAACGACCGUUAGAAUUUGGCGAAGAAGCAUGGCUGCAAAUUUUGGAAAAAGCCGAUUGCAAACACAUGGUUUUUAAUACGAGACAGAUAUACUGUGAUGAACUAAUGACUAAUUUGGCCGCGGCUCUUGCCGCGUAUACUGGCGAUUCUAUGGAUAAUAUCAUGCAAUUUUUUGGAAGGUGUUUUGUUAGAUUUUUCAGUAACUUAGGAUACGAUUGCACUGUAAAAGCAACUGGACGUUACUUUUGCGAGUUUUUACAAAGUGUUGAUAAUAUUCACAUGCAAAUGAGGUUUACGUAUCCAAAAAUGAAGAGUCCUUCUAUGUAUACAACGCAUGUGGAUUCACAAGGAGUUGUCCUGGUUUACAGAAGUACUCGACAAGGCUUCACGCAUUAUCUGAUGGGACAAUUAUUUCAAAUAGCAAAAGACUUAUAUAAUAUAGAGUUGGAUAUUAGAGUAUUAGAAACUUCAAAUAAUAUCCCAGGAUCACGAAGUGUAAUGGUUAAAUUUCGUAUUGAUUUCGAUAACCGUCAAUACAUCGCAAAGAACAACGAAAUGAAAACUCCACUGGGUCGUGAAUUAUCGCCGGUUUCCUGCACAUUUUUUUUAAGACUUUUUCCAUUUGCCGUUGUGAUGAAUAAGGAUAUGCAAAUCCUAGGAGCAGGUGAUAAGCUGCUUCAAGCCUGGGGCGGUACCACAACCAUUUUAAAUAAACCUAUUACAGAAAUAUUUAAAUUAAGAAGACCUAAAGGAAUUUCGUUCACGUGGGGAAACAUAAUGUAUUUACAUUCAGUGAUAUUCGAAUUAGAACUUAUUAGAGCAAACGAUCCUCAUUCCUCGUUAAAUUCAAGCGAUAUACCAAGCACAAGUAGCAGUUUAGAUAGGCGUGGAAGUCAAGGCGCGAGAAGCAUCUUGUUGAAGGGCCAGAUGAGAUACAUCGAGGAUAUUAAGGCGAUUAUAUUUCUCUGUAGCCCUUUAAUCAACAGUUUAGACGAACUUCUUAAUAUGGGUUUAUAUCUGAAUGAUCUGAAUCCUCAUGGUAUGAGCAAAGAACUAGUGCUGGCGGGAUGGCAACAUUGCGGAAGAUUGGAAAUGAUGUUCGAGAGGGCAGAGCAAAGAUCGACAGAACUGGAAAACAGCUAUGUGCUGCUUGAUCGGUGGAAAAACAAAAGCGACGAGCUUUUAUAUUCUAUGAUUCCGCAAACGGUGGCGGAUCGAUUGCGAGCCGGAGCCAGUCCAUUGAGUACUUGUGAGUCCUUCGAAUCAAUAACAGUUCUUUUCUGUGAAUUAUGCGACUUCGAUUAUUCGACCAUCAAAGGAGCAAUGGAUAUCGUCUUGUCUAUGAAUGCUGUGUUCUCCUGUUUUGAUACACUAAUGGAUCAGUUUAAUGUGUAUAAAGUGGAGACUGUUGGUUGUGUAUACAUGGCAGCUAGCGGGGCUCCGGACCGAACCGAAAAUCAUGCGCAAAAUAUCGCUGAUGUUUCGUUACAACUUAUUAAGCAUGUUCGAUCUCUCAAAUUACCCUCCGGACUGGAUAUACGAGUCCGUAUAGGAAUUCACUCUGGACCAGCUGUCGCUGGUAUCGUUGGCAUCAAGGUACCGAGAUACUGUUUUUUUGGCGAUACUGUUAACACGGCUUCCAGAAUGCAGACCACCAGUCUGCCGGGAAAGGUGCAUAUUUCUUCCAGCACCAAAGCUUUAUUAUCGAGAGGGCGUUAUCAUACCGAAUCACGUGGCGUUGUGUGGGUAAAGGGAAAGGGAGACAUGGAGACAUAUUGGUUGCAAUCAGCGGCAAAGGACGAAAUAAAGGAAGAAGUUGACUCAUCAGACGACGAAAACGCAGUAGUCGCAGAUCUUCACUACUUUUCACGCCACGGGCCACGUGCACGGGUGCCCGAAUCCCGCGGCAGAAUCCAGAUCAGCUGGCACGCAUUGAUUACCGGAAACUUUACGCGCAACGGCAUGGACGGCUACGCAAGAACGAGAUGCAUACUCGUGCUUUAUCUAUGUCUGAGCUGUUACGUCUACGCAUUGCCCCGCACGCGAGCGAAUAUCGAACAAAGUUUGCCUACCUCGAAUGCUCAGGUGCACUAUAACCUCACGAAUGCUGAGAUUGAUCGUCCAGCAAUAGACGAGGUGUCUUAUGUAGACUUCGAUCCUGCUCCUACGUUUUCCUCUAAAAGACCGGACGUCUGUAACGAUUGCGUUUGCGGACUUGGGAGAAAAGUGAGAAUUGUUGGUGGCAACGUGACAAGUGUUUACGACUAUCCUUGGCUAGUCAGCAUGAAUAAAAAGGGCAUGUUUUAUUGUGCUGGCACUGUAAUAACACGGAGACACGUCUUAACAGCAGCACAUUGUUUGAAAGGUUUCGAUAUCAGGACUAUCAAACUUGUACUAGCAGACAACGAUCAUCCUUCGAUAGGCAGCAACACUAUAGUUCGACGUAUUAAAACGGCGACCAUCCACAAAGAUUUUCACUCUUAUUCCUAUGAUAAUGAUAUUGGCAUAAUUGAGAUGGACGAACCUGUGUCUCUGAAUAAUAUUGUGCGAACAGCAUGUUUACCUGAAGACAAAGCCAUCGAUUAUACUGGUGCACUUGCACUUGCGGUUGGGUGGGGUCGAACGGGAGAAUCCACACAAGUGAGUGACGAAUUACGAAAAGUCAGUCUGCCCGUUUUAUCACAAGAGGAAUGCGAUAACGCAGGAUAUGCUGAAAAACGUAUUACCGAAAACAUGUUUUGUGCUGGUUAUCUUUUGGAAGGUGCACGUGACGCUUGUUUUGGAGAUAGCGGCGGUCCGCUACACGUCAAAGGAAGCCAUGGACAGCUUGAAAUAAUGGGCAUCGUUUCCUGGGGCCGCGGAUGUGGGAGACCAAACUUUCCAGGUAUUUACACAAAAUUGAUGAACUAUAUCGGAUGGCUUAAAGAUCACUUAGGCGAUGAAUGCAUUUGUCCACCACCGCAUUUAUAAAACAAACAUUUUUUCUGACUUAUGAAAUCAGACGCAUCGCAAUUAUUAUAGCAAAAUAACGAAUUGUUGAAUUGUAACAAAAUGUUGAAUUAGUAUUGCAAUAUUUAUUUGAUUAUUAAAUUUACGA